GGGGAGUGUUUACGGCUCUGUCAUCAUAACAGCAUUGUGGCAGAAGUAUGGAACACCAGCAUAUACAGGUUCAAACAAACUACCGCCCUCGAGUCAGAAGGCUGUCCUCAUCGUCCAACACACAGCGGUAACAUCACCCCAGGACUUCAGCCCUCCGGUGAUACCUGGUUCAGCGAAGACUAGGCCUUGGGGAGUGUUUACGGCUUUGUCACCAAAACAGCAUUGUGGCAGAAGUAUGGAACACCAGCAUAUACAUGUAAUGUAUCGGGACCUUUACAGGAUGACUGCAAAGCGCAACGUUGCAAAGCUCAUUUCUACAACCCUAGUCACCAAUGACAGUGCACCACCAUACCCCUUUGCUCACCAGUUCAAACAAACUACCGCCCUCGAGUCAGAAGGCUGUCCUCAUCGUCCAACACACAGCGGUAACAUCACCCCAGGACUUCAGCCCUCCGGUGAUACCUGGUUCAGCGAAGACUAUGCCUUGGGGAGUGUUUACGGCUCUGUCACCAAAACAGCAUUGUGGCAGAAGUAUGGAACACCAGCAUAUACAUGUAAUGUAUCAGGACCUUCACAGGAUGACUGCAAAGCGCAACAUUGCAAAGCUCAUUUCUACAACCCUAGUCACCAAUGACAGUGCACCACCAUAUCCCUUUGUUCACCAGUUCAAACAAACUACCGCCCUCGAGUCAGAAGGCUGUCCUCAUCAUCCAACACACAGCGGUAACAUCACCCAAGGACUUCAGCCCUCCGGUGAUACCUGGUUCAGCAAAGACUAGGCCUUGGGGAGUGGUUACGGCUCUGUCAUAAGAGCAUUGUGGCACAAGUAGCCUCGAUCUCGACCAAGACAUUUUGAAUGCCACUCUGUAUGGCUCAGCAUACUUUUUUUUUCUUUAUUCAUACUAACGUGUGUUCAUGUCCAUUUUUCCACCUCUGAUUCUUACAUUUAUUUUCUGAUACCAUGUUUCUGUGUGAUUUUAGUCUUAUUUUUACUGGUAUGACAAUGUAAACAUAUACCUUUGUUCCACACAAGAUAUUUUGGGAUUUUGUGUGCACUUCCAUGUAACUACAUGUAUUUUUAUAUGAUAGUUUUUGUUUCUGAUUGUUCAAUUCCUUUUACGCUCUCAUUCCUUUAUAGUUGUAUCUUAUUUGAGACAGAGGAAGAGAGAGGGUGAAUAGUAGAGAGAGAGGGGGAUGCAGAAACAAAGCGCCAUUUAUGAUGUAUUUUAUUACAUUUGUGUUUUAACUUUGCACAUACAUUGCAAGAUUUUGGGAUUUAACACGUUUAUUUUUCUGUAAGUUUGUAAAUCCUUGUAUUCACACAGUGUUUUGAGUGAUAUAUUGUAAAGAUAGAUCUUAUGCAUGCUCCUUGGGGAAAAGAAGUUAUACAUGCAUGUCACUCUUCUUAUCUUGGCAUUACCGUAAUUCUUAUAUUGGUUGAUGUUGCUGAUAUAUGAAACAGAAUCUGAUGGAUAUCAUUGAUAACAGUUACUGUUUGUCUUCUUUUUAACAUCAGGAUAACAGAUCUUAGUAGUACAGCGAAAGACAAUUCACUGUAAUUUGUUAUAUUGUCAUAUAUUACACGAUUAUGAUUUUCAAUGGCACAUGUUUGUACACUACAAUUUUAUGUCAUUAGAGGUCACAUAUCCAGUUUGUUUCGUGAAUAGUCAAUAUUGGAUUAUGAUUAUAAUGUCAGUUUAUUUGCAACAUUUACCCCAUAUAUAGUGGUAUCUUACGAUCAACUGUCAAUAUCUACUGCAUUCACUAUACAUAGCAGUGUCUUGCUUGCUGUAACAAAGAGGUAUAUAGGGCUGUUAGGGAUUAUCCAUAAUGUACAUUGUUUUUUAGUUUUUAUUGUUAUUGUGUUUAUCUGAACUUAUGUUGUUUAUGUACCUGUUUUAUAUAUGUAUUCCAUUUCUGUUGAAUAUAUAUACAUGUUAAAAUGCCCUUUUCAGAGAUUUGUACAAUGCUGCUCUUUUCAGUAUGUGCUUUUAUUUUGGUAUAUCAAAUUUAAUUGGAUAUGCUGUUUUUAAAAUUUAUUUCUUUUAAAAUGUGUUCGAAGAUGAUAGGUGAUUACCAUUUGUAACAUUGCAUUGCGGUUCUUUUUUAGAUCGCCAAGGAAAUAGCGUGAUGUUAAGUUUGGUGCAGAAUGUCAUUUACAUGCAUGUAGAUAGGUCUAUGCAAUUUAGCUUUGACUUUGGUUAACAAUGAAUAGACCUGUUUACUAAUGUACUUCAUUUUAUGUUUCUCUCUAUAGUACAUGGUAGGGGGUGAAACAAGAAUACAAAGGUUAGAAGGAAAAGUUAAAGAAGAUUGGGGUUCAAUGGCACAUGUUUGUACACUACAAUUUUAUGUCAUUAGAGGUCACAUAUCCAGUUUGUUUUGUGAAUAGUCAAUAUUGGAUUAUGAUUAUAAUGUCAGUUUAUUUGCAACAUUUACCCCAUAUAUAGUGGUACCUUACGAUCAACUGUCAAUAUCUACUGCAUUCACUAUACAUAGCAGUGUCUUGCUUGCUGUAACAAAGAGGUAUAUAGGGCUGUUAGGGAUUAUCCAUAAUGUACAUUGUUUUUUAGUUUUAUUUUUAUUGUGUUUAUCUGAACUUAUAUCUCACUUGCUAUGUAGGGGGCCUUUCAUAUAAUCAGUAGGUAUCUUGUUUAUGUACCUGUUUUAUAUAUGUAUUCCAUUUCUGUUGAAUAUAUAUACAUGUUAAAAUGCCCUUUUUAGAGAUUUGUACAAUGCUGCUCUUUUCAGUAUGUGCUUUUAUUUUGGUAUAUCAAAUUUAAUUGGAUAUGCUGUUUUUAAAAUUUAUUUCUUUUAAAAUGUGUUUGAAGAUGAUAGGUGAUUACCAUUUGUAAUAUUGCAUUGCGGUUCUUUUUUAGAUCGCCAAGGAAAUAGCGUGAUGUUAAGUUUGGUGCAGAAUGUCAUUUACAUGCAUGUAGAUAGGUCUAUGCAAUUUAGCUUUGACUUUGGUUUGAUAAGCUUUGUUUAGUGCUUUGAACAUGAAUUUAACAAUGAAUA